AUGGAACUCUUCGGUGAAGAGAACGAGGAAGAAAAGAAAGCCAUCGAGGAGAGGGAGGCCGCUAAGAAGGACAUCAACAAGCCUAAAGAGAAUUCAUCGUCUACUUCAAACUCAAAUAAUAUUGCUAAGGCGAUAGCAAGCAACGGCCUUUGCCUGAGGAGUUGUUGCUCUGAGUUGCUUAGCUAA